AUGAAAGUUAAUCAUCUAAUACAAUUUAUCCAAUAAAAUGUGGAAAUGGAAUAAUUGAAGGAUUUGAAUAAUGUGAUGACUAAAAUCUUAUCAAUGAUGAUAAUUGUAAUAAUCUAUGUAGACUUUCUUGUUAUUCAAGUUGUCAAAUAUGAAUAAAGAGGUAUUGUAUAAAAUGAAUAUUAAGAGAUUUGGGAUGUAAAACUAUCUCUGUAGAUUCUUUAAUCGCAGGUAAUGAAUAAUGUGAUGAUGGUAGAGUAUCUCUUAUUAAAAUAAAUUAUAACUCGGACAACUAUGA